AUGAUUAAUUCACUCCACAACAAUGUCGCAACGAAGAUGAACGGAUGAACAGAACACAUAAAUACCCUCAGUGGGUCUGAGGCGUCCCAGACUCGAGUCAUCACUGCAGCAGCCAGGAUGAAAUUCCUUACCCUCCUCCUCCUGUUUUCGGCUGCUGACGGCCAGUCCUGCGUGGGGCGUUGCGGAGAUCCUGGGAACUCCUCGACCUGCGGCUGCAACGUCGCCUGCGCCGCCAACGGAACCUGCUGCCGGAACCACCGAGACGUGUGCCUCUCCUGCAGAGGCCGCUGCGGGGAGCCCUACCGGAACGGCCGCCUCUGCCAGUGUGACAGCAACUGCAAAUCACACAGAAACUGCUGCGACGACGUCACCUUCACUUGCAGUGGUAUAAGGCGAGGGGCCACGACACAUGACCUGCGUGAACUGACGGAGAAGCUGUUAGCCGCCGACGUCAACGGGGCGAGCGUAGACCUCAGGCUCGACUUGCAGGGGAAGGGAAUGUCGGAUGACCUCGCCGCCAGACCUUUGUUCAAGACCGUGCCCGCGUCGGCGCUGGCGUCCCCGACCAUCAGACUCUUGGAAGAACUGCAGGACAAUUACUCGCCCAACGUGACGACGUCUGAAGAUGAGGAACCCGAUGAAGUUGCCGAAAAGGAGGCUUUCUUGGAUGCUGUUAUGCAGACGCAGGUGAUGCAGCUGACGGAGAGCUUCCUGAAGGAGAGAGGUUUCCUCACCGGGAAUCUGAGGGACAAACUGGACGAGCUGUGGUUCACCUUGUACAAGAGAAAGAAGAUCCUCAGCUCCUCGGGGUUCGAGCACGUCUUCGCCGGGGAAGUGAGAGGACAGAAGGUCUUGGGUUUGCACAACUGGGUGUACUUCUUUCACGAGGAACAGCAAGGCGACAUCAACUACAUGCGGUGGCUGAAUUUCAUUGAUCUCGGAGACAAGGGCGAAAUUAUCAAAGUCGCUUACAAGUGGAUGGACAAGGUGAAGAAAGCAGGUUCCAUGUUCGUGGGAACGUCUCCGGAACUGGACAUGGCCGUGUACACACUGUGCAUCCUGACACGACCCAACAGAGGCUGUGCAGUGCAGAUGAACGGCCACAAGUUCAACAUCCAGACCUGGGUUCAGAAGUCGGACGGGAAGGAGCUGGUCGGGGCGGCGUUUCCCGCGAUCUAGAGGUGGUUUCGGAUUCCUUGUCGGUCGCGAAGGAGGGUCGGAAGGAAGACAUGACAGUUGUGAAGGAGGAUGGGAAGGAAGGAUGUCUUCUGGCGUUGUUUUCAGAUUAGUUUUGUGUGGUUUGAGUUCGAAGCUGAACCUUAUAUAAAUAGGAGACGGUUUACACACUCUCACACACGCACGAAGUUGUGUAGUUGAUGUACUUAUAUAUAUAUAUAUA